AUGCCGGAGUCGGAAGCUCUCACCAAAGUUGUUCUGCGUGAUGUCACACCAGAAGUAUCUCAGCAUAUGUUGUCGGAUGUCUCAUACUUACCUGGUAUUCAACUUGGUGAUUUCCUUCUUCGGUUCGAGUUAGAGGAGCCUAAUGAAGCAGUUAGAGAAAUAGCCAGGCGGGAACUUCGUGAAACACCCGAAGUUGUAAACCCAGCAAUAGAAGAAUUGAGGAGGCUCUUGGAAGCGGACAAGGAACUUUACGUUCCGUACGAGAGAGAUGCGUGGUUGAUUAGAUUCCUUCGGCCUUGCAAAUACUAUCCAGAGAGUGCGUAUGAUUUGAUAAAACGGUACUACUCGUUCAAAGUGAAACAUUACAAACACUAUGAAGGAUUGACGCCGAGUAAAGAACAGAACGUAUUCAAUCAAAAUGUACUCAAGGUCCUCCCAACAAGAGACCAGCUGGGAAGAAGAGUACUUGUGCUAGAGCUUGGCAAAAAAUGGAACCAUAAUAAAUGCACUCUCGACGAAGUAUUUAAGGGCUGUGUCAUUUUUCUGGAGGCCGCCAUGUUGGAACCGGAAACUCAGAUCUGCGGAGCCGUGGUAAUCUUCGAUAUGGAUGGACUUUCUCUUCAGCAAGUCUGGCAGUUCACGCCGCAGUUUGCCAAGAGGAUCGUUGAUUGGCUACAGGAAUGCAUACCACUACGUAUCAAAGGGUUGUACAUAUUGAACCAACCGUUCAUCUUCAACAUGGUGUUUCAACUCUUUAAACCCUUACUGCAAGAUAAACUUCGUUCUCGUAUUGCAUUCUUUGGACAUGACAGGGAACUCCUUUACAAAUACAUCAACCAGAAGUGCUUGCCCGAUAAGUAUGGAGGAAAUCUAAACAUACCAGACGUCAGUGGGGCAGAGUGGUUGGAGUUGCUGAUGCAUUGUGAUAAGGAGUUUUUGGCAAUCAACUCAUAUGGAUACAAGAAAAACAUAUAA